CCUUGAUUAAAGGUAGCAGUGAUUUCGGAUAAUGAUUUACGGAAAAAACUAAUGUUUGCGUCCUUGUUUUUACUUCCAGUUUCCAUCAUUUUACAUUUGUCUAGUCAAGCUGAUACAUAAACUUCAUUCAAGUUUUUACGCAUAUAUUGUAUCUAGCAUGUCUGCCAAGAAUACCACAGCAAUUCUGAGCAAACUGCGCUCAUUCAUGAAGAACAGGGCAUAUGUGUCAGAGCCCCUACACGCUUACAUUGUACCCUCGGGGGAUGCUCAUCAGAGCGAGUACAUUGCCCCUUGUGACUGCAGGCGAGGCUUUGUUUGUGGAUUUGAUGGCUCAGCAGGUACAGCAGUGGUCACUGACCAUGAGGCCUGCCUCUGGACAGAUGGACGCUACUUCCUGCAGGCUGAAAAGCAGAUGGACAGCAACUGGACACUCAUGAAAGAAGGUUUACCCUCGACGCCCAGCCAGGGCGACUGGUUGUCCAAGGUAUUACCCUUGGGUGGAAACGUUGGUGUUGAUCCAUACCUAAUGUCAGCAGAGACAUGGAAGCCCCUGGCUAAGUUGUUGAAGUCUAAUGGGCACAGUUUGGUGCCAGUACACCAGAACUUGGUGGACCUGGUCUGGAUAGAUAGACCUCCCAUGCCUUGCAACAGUCUCUUGGUUCUGGAACAUUCCUAUACAGGCCAGAGCUGGCAGGACAAAGUGUCAGAAGUCAGAGAAAAAAUGGCGGAGAAGAAAGCUGACGCUCUGGUGAUUACUGCCUUGGAUGAAAUUGCAUACUUGUUUAAUAUGCGAGGCUCUGACAUCGAAUACAACCCUGUCUUCUUUGCCUAUGCUGUUGUUACCACGGAAACGGUCAAUUUAUUCAUGGAUCCGGAUCGUGUUGAUAAGAAAGUACAGACACAUCUGUCAUUGGGAAGGCAGUCUCCGUCAGGUGUUAGUGUUACUGUUGCCCCUUACGAUGAUGUCAAAACUUUUGUGGCUGAUCUGUCAAGUAGCGUCUCUGGCAAAAUAUGGAUAAGCGACAAAUCCAGUCAAGGUCUGGUGAGUUCUGUAUCAAAGAAGCGUCUUCUGCUGGCUGCCUCUCCUAUAGCUUUGAUGAAGGCCGUGAAAAACUCACACGAGAUAGAGGGCAUGAGGCGAGCACAUGUGAAGGACGCUGUGACCCUGUGUGAGUUCUUCUGUUGGCUGGAGCAGCAGGUCCAUACUGGCACUGUGACAGAGGUGUCCGCUGCAGAGAAGUUGGAGAAUAUUAAACGGGGCCAAGAAGACUAUGUAAGUCUGAGUUUUGGGACUAUCUCCAGUACAGGGCCGGAUGGUGCCGUCAUUCAUUAUCACCCAACACCAGAGACAGACAAGGUGCUAUCCACAGACGAAGUGUAUUUGUGUGAUUCGGGAGCCCAGUACAAAGAUGGAACUACAGAUGUUACAAGGACAAUGCACUUUGGAACACCAUCGGACUAUGAAAAGGAAUGCUUCACACGAGUUGUGAAGGGUCAUAUUAGCCUGGCAACAGUUGUUUUCCCAAAUGGAGUUAAAGGUCAUUGGUUGGACUCAUUUGCAAGGCGAGCCUUAUGGGAAGCAGGUUUGGACUACCUACAUGGCACAGGGCAUGGUGUGGGGUCCUUCCUAAAUGUGCAUGAAGGUCCAUGUGGUAUUCACCAGAGAAUAAACCCUCAUGAGGUCCCACUACAAGAGGGCAUGAUCUUAUCUAAUGAGCCAGGGUACUAUGAAGAUGGACAGUUCGGGAUUCGCAUUGAGAACCUUGUGCUCGUUGUUAAAAAACAGACAAAGUAUAACUUCCGAGAGAAGGGGUAUCUGACAUUCGAGCCCAUCACUCUGGUCCCUAUCCAACAGAAGAUGAUUGAUGCCAGCCUUCUGACUGAGCAGGAG